CAAGCGUUAUCGUCAUUGAAUACGGUCGGUUCAGACAAGUUGUAAGGUUACGAAUAUUUCAGUACUAUCAGUUUUCAUCUCAAUUACAGUGAUUUGUUUUGGAGAUAGUGUGCUACAACAACAACAAUUGAACAUUUUAUGUGUUAUUGUGCCCUCUAUGUUUUUGUGUAAAUAUCUGAUUCGCAAAACGUGUGGCAGAUUGAUACAGUACUAACGGUCAAUAAUUUGAAAAGCCGCGAAAACUCAAAGUCGCAUUUGGUACACGGCAAUAACAUUAAUCAAACGCUCAUAAAAAUAGCUUUUAUGAUAUAAAAAAACGUUUCCAAAGUGGCAAAAGCAAGUAGAACAAAAACAAAAUUAUAUGUGUAAUAGCUCAGAAACAACAACAGCAAUAAUAAAAACAAAAAUACUCUAUAAAAGCAAAAACAAAAUAGACAAAAUCACGCAAAGAUUCUUUCAACAAAUACACGCACAUCCAUACAUCCAUGCUUUUGUAUGUGUAGACAUCAAUAUUGGUUGUAUCGUGGAGCAUCUGAGCAGGAACAGCAGAUUUGCUUGAAUUGACACGUGUGCCACCAAUACGCUCUGCUUUGACCUUUACAAGGUGAAUCGUCCUUUGUGCGCAAUUAAGAGCAAACUAGACAACAAAGACGCCAACUAAUCGACAGCUCUCAAAACUGAGAAUAGGAGCUUUCCACAAACGUUUCGCCCUCCCGUAAGCGACGCAUACGCUCGCGUACGCAAACCAGUUUAAUCAUUGCUGCCCUUAACACCGCCACCAUUUCCACCAUCAGCACCAUUGAGCACCCGGCAGCGUCGGCCUCCGCCUCCACUUCCGCCUCCACCUCUGCUGCCGCUGUAAUUCCAAACGCUGCAAUGCGUCGCUCCUCAUUUACGCCCGUCUUCAGUUUGAGCACUCAAGAGCCGCUCAUUGUUGUUGAAGAGACAAAUACCGUCGAGGAUGGUGGGGAGGCGGAAGGCGCAGCCGGUGGUGUUGAUACCGCAGGUGGCACACGCAAGUCCACAAGCGACGAUUCUGAGCCCGACUCGCCCGUCAAUCCGUAUUUGUUAUGCCCAUUUCCGGACAUGCAACAGCGACGCAAACAUUCUUUGCCAUCACUGCAAAUCACCGAGGGUAUAACAGCCAGUCAGGUGCGUCGUUUGUCGGAGGUGGGCGGUGAGAAUGGUGGACUUAGUCCGAAAGAAGUGGAGUUUCUGGCAACAUUGUCGCAGAAAGCAAAUCCCGCCGCGGGUGGCCGUCGACAUUCGGUUGUUACAAUUUCUGCCGUACCACCGACAUUGUUUGGACGCAAUCGACGGGAGUCGCUAACAGGCAUGCCGCUUGGCGGUGGCAGCCGACGUGGCAGUAUUAUUCAAGGACCACCACUCACCGAUCAUCGAGGCAGUAUCCACAAUUUACAACUGGACAUCAUGGAUGGCAUUGUGCAGACACGAAAACGUGCCGGCAGCGGUGUGUGGACGGCACCAGUACUGCAAGAGACCGAGAAUAAUGUGCCAGUGCAAACAUAAAUUAUAACAACGUCCCCCUACCCCACCAAUCGGCCCACGACCAUUAUACUCAAAACUAAUAACAUCAUCGACAUCAAUGGCGGCAGCAGUAACAACAAGAGCAACAAGCAAGAUGAGAAAAAUGUUAGUCAAAUUAGCAGCAAGACAAUUAAGCAGAAGUGCAGCGGCAAUGGCAAAAAGCAAAAAACAGUAACGGGCAGUUUGGAGGGUACAACAGCUGAAACAACAACAGCAGCGACAACGGCAACUGGUGGUAAUGGAUCAUCAACAUCAUGGCACAGCAAUUUAGUUUCACGUUUUGGCGCAUUGCUCUGCUGGCAAUCGCUGGACUGUUGAACCGGCGACGAGGCGUGGCUUGAGUGACUCCAACAGUGCAACAGCGAGAUUGUAGCGCACAUUGUGUGUGUGGCACGUAUGGUGGCUGUGCCUAUGGUCGGUUUAGAAGUCAACCGAGCAGCAGUGGCCAACCGGAAAUGUCAACAGUGCACAGCGUGUGUCAACAAUACGGUCUAGCUCAAUUUGGUAGCAAAAUGUGGAAGCAAUCAUCAACAUUUCCGUAUUCCCAAAUGGUUGCGAGGCCACAUACACGAAAGUCACAAGUCCAUCGAUUUGCUAGUUAUUUGUGUCAGUACAUAUGUGUUUAAUGGCAACAACAUUGACGCUGUGCAGGGCACAAAUUUGCCAAAGGUCAGCCGAAGGGGGACGUUGGGAAGAAAAAGAAAUUACUUUAUAUUUUCAGUUUACUCGAUUUCUAUUGUUUGCGAAGUCAAGAGUGGUGUAUAAGCAGUGCUUGAAUUAUUAUUGGAGUAUUAUCAUAUAUUCAGGGAGAGUACUAAGACGUUAUGGAGAGCAACGGGUGCAUAAGCCAGCGAAUAAUUUACAACCUCAAUACAACUAAAACUUUUCAAUGGCUUGAAAAAACAACAAAUAAUGUGAGAUACACUGAUAAUCUUAAAUGAAACUAAACAACAAGAACAACAAUAACAAUAUGAUGAAAAGCAACUGCAGCAGACGCUACUGCGCGCGUUCGCUGCUCUUAUCUCCCAAAUGCACCGUGCACCAAUUAUUUACGGAAUAAUUGAAAUCACCCAACAAGCAAUGGAAAUUACAAAUUCACCGAUAAUCAAACCAAACCGAAAAUUAACACUUUCAUGAGAUUAUAAAAAGGACAUAAUUAAUUAGUAUUAAAUCAGGAAUUGAUAAAUUAGUGGUUAAAUAUAUUUAUGUAUUUACAAUA